CGCAACGCAUGAAAGCAAAUUUGCCCCUCCAGAUGUGUAUAUAUAAGUUGCAAUCCUUGGCAGCAAUAUUUAACUAAAGAAAUUUAAAGAUGGCUAGACCAGCUAGAAGCAUAGUUCUACCCCUCCUUGUUGGCAUUCUCGUCGUCAUUUUGUUGUUAGAAUCAAGAUACGUGAAAGCGAUGGGUGAGGUUGCUGCAAUGGAUGAUAGUGCGGCAUUGAUGAAUACAUCAUCAUCAGGUGCAAACUGGGAUGCGCAUUCAAAACACAGAAGAAACAUGGGUGUGAAUGGGAGGGUGUUUUGCUGCUAUGAUAACCAUAUAGGAAGUUGCAAUCCGGGUUCAGAGAAAGAUGACCAUUAUUGUAAUUACAUUUGCAAAAAACACCACUGCUACAAAGGGGGUAUAUGCAAAAUUCGUGGCAAAAAGUUUCCAAAUCAUUUUUGUCAUUGUUUCUGCUAAAUGUAUUACUAUCAACUACAAAUAAUUGUUGUGAGGCCUGCACAAAUCAGGCCGCAAUGUUUUGUUUAAAUGAUAUAAUGCUAUAUUUUUACUUUGUCAA